AUGCUCGUCGACAGAGCCGCUGACAAGGGUGUCCGUAAGAUCUUCAUCUCAGCACAAAACAAUUACUCGGCUAUUGGUUUUACCAUGCCAUUAUUUGAUGUAAUUUGCGGAUCACAGCAACUAGCAGAGGAAUACCAUGUCGAUUCUACAUACAAAACAAACCGAGCAGGAUACGAACUAUUUGGGAUAGUUGCAACUGUAAACGGUGUCGGGUUUCCGAUUGCAUACAUGCUUCUGAAGCUUACACCACAGAGUCAGCUAGUUAAUGAUGGCGAGGAUGACACAUUUCGUGUUGGUGUUAUUGCCGAAUUUUUUAAAUGCUUAAAGCAAGCUGGUCUUCAACCCAAGUUCAUGUUUACAGACAAGGACUGGGGACAGAUUUGUGCUAUUUUAGAGGCAGUCUGGACAAAUGGGAGAGUGCUUAGACUAUGUCUGUGGCAUCUCGUUCACUCGGUGAAGAAACGCUUAGCAGACCCCGAAACAGCCAGACCGCAAAAUAUUCCGGACGAGGCCCGAGAUAUGAUGCGAAAGCAUUAUAAUUGGCACCCGUUAAUUGCGCUCGAAGGAGGAGAUGGUAUGCUCCUGAAUGGUGGGUUAGAUGGGCCCGAAGCAGCAUCCCCGAAGUUGCAAACAUUUGAUCAGUCGUUAUCACCGCGUCAGUCCCUCUCUCCCAAGCCCGUUUGCAGCACACGAGCUCGUUUUUAUCCUAAUGGUUCAGUGGAACUCCCUGACGUCAUCCUUCCACCACCAUCACAUCCGCCAUCAGCAUCAGUGCCAGCACCUACUACUACGUCUCCUGUGCCAGCUAUGCAAUCAACUGUUUCUCCGUCUCCUCUUGUACUCAGUUCUUCUGACUCAGAAGAUGAACCUUUAUUAAAUCCACGUCGACUACGACAACCGCAACAACAACAGCAAUCGCAACCACAACCACAGCUGCCUGAUGAAGACGACGAUGAUUAGGCGAGGCAGCGCGAUGCGGUGCAAGGGAUUGCCGAUACUCUUCGUGAGUUGAAUGCAAGAAUCAAUAAUUAUCGUACAAUCCUUGGAAGACGACAG